CACAGAGUGGUAGCUGCCAACGGUACUUCCUAUUCUUUUCCGUUGUAGUACUGCUUGAUAGCAUCCAAAGACUCAAAUUUUUCGAUAAACGCUUUCAGUUUUGGGAAUUCCGACAAGCUUUUGUUUGCCUCCGAAAUUUCCUUCUUCGCAGCCAUGUUGAUCAAGCUACAAUACCAGACAAAAUCUGCGGGUGAUGGCUCUUCCGUUCCGGCAAUCCAACCAGUUGUACUGGUGUCGAAAAAUCUUUCUACCCUUUUCAAAUGGCCGGGUAGUACGGUUUGGUUGAAGUGUUCGUACGAUUUUGCUGUUGCUUCMGGGGUCAAAUCMACGCCGAAUCGCAAGCCAUAGGUUAGGACAGUCGAUCCCAGAAAAACGUCGGCCGCCUGAUCCAUGAUAGAAUCGAUAGUUUGAGCCAAAACAUGGUCGGUCAUCGGGUAGAGGCCCGAAAGUUUCCCGAGAUACCGCAUGAUUGAGCCAGAUUGGACCAUUGCAUGUUUGCCGUCGAUUUCUAGCAUUGGAACCUGCCCGAACGGAAGCUUACUGCUCUCCUUCAUGGCGGUAAAUUCAUCCCUGCUGCUGAAACGAUAAUCUUCUAGCUUCAAGCCAGAAUAGGCGCAAAUAAGUCGAAUGGCUUCGCCCUUGCCCUUUAUAGGAAAAUAAUAGAGCUUUAGGGUUGGUUGGUCGGUAUUUUGUUGCUCCAUCUCUUUUUGUUUCAUUGCCGUUCUAAACGAAGUGAGUAGAGUGGGUACGAUCACGACGGUGAUUGUUGUAUCUUUGAUUACUCGUACCGUACAUUACUGUACCGUACGAUACGAACGGUAUUAUUCCUGGAAUAUUCUGAUGACCCAGGAUCCAAGCACAGAGUAUUUGGCAAGAGGUAGGGGUACCGUACUACGGUUCGUACGGUACGUACGGUAAACAGUAAAAAUAGAACGGGUUACUACGAGUACAAGUGCGAGUACUGUACUAGUGCGUGUGGUACCGGUACGUACUACGUAUGUUAAGAGUGCUCAUCUUUUCUUCCGAUUAAGCGGUUCGUACCUACGUAGUAGUACAUACGAAACAUCAUAUAGUACUAACAUGAGAGGAGGGAGGGCCUUUUGGAGAGUUUUCACCGAUUAGUUGUCGUCCUGCCAGUACGUCGUACGUACUCGUAGAUUUGUUACUAAGCAUCAUAAUUCCCUACCGUACACAUAUUCCUAGUCUUAUUAUUUUGCACCUCGGCAUAUAUGAUUUCAAUUUUCAACGAAUUUACUCAUGGUUCUAAGGCACGUGCUCUUGCGGGCGAAGUACGUAAUGAUAGCAAUUUGGUAGUACAGUACAGUAACACCAGAGACCUAAUCUCACCGUACCAUACUGCAGCAAUAACCACAUGAAUACAACGCGCACGGAUCGAGGGCCCCGAUGAAAAAUGAGGAGGGCCAGACCAGAUGGCAUGUUUUUCGUUGUGACUCAACGCUCCCCUCCUCACGAAAUGGCCGAAAUAGAUGAGAGUUCUUUUUCUGCGAUUGCUCAACUUCGAUGAGAGAACGAGUACGGUACCGUAAUCGAAGCAACGCCGAUUGCCUCGACAGAAACGCAACUACACCUACAACCACAACUACAACACCAAAAUCGAAUAAGGUUCAAUCCAGCCACACCCCAUUGCCGCGUCUUAUCCCGCAAGUGCCACAGAGGCGAAGUCGAGGUAGUUACAUUGUUCUUUCAAAUUGCUUACCAGGACAAACUGUCGGAGAGACCACACAAAUAUAUAAUGUUUGGAAACAAAAAGAAGACGAAGGAUACACGCGUCCGUGAUCUAUUCGAGUAUUUGUGUACCUGCACACCRUGCUGGGAAUGYCUCCUCGAUGACUACGACUGCAACUACAAUUUUACGCUGAGGGACCGUGUGGAAAUAUGGAAAGAUACAAGGAGAUACAAAAGAUUACGGAGGAUAGAGAGCAAAGAGCGAGAAAGAUCAGAACGAAAUCAGAGGAGCACCUGGAGAUCGAUGGGAUCAGUAAUAUGACGAUAAGAUAAUAACAUCAAUGACAGCGAAGAUAACGACGACGAUAACGACGACGAUGCACAAUCCGAUCUGAAUAAUAAACGGCACCAUCGUUUCUUUUUCGAGUGGCGCUACACAAAGAAUACUAUCCAAGAAGAACAACUGUUCCGCAAGGAACACGACGACUGGGCAUGAAAGAAUGCUUUCGGAGCAGUCCCGUGCCGGGGCCAGGACUCUUGCAGGGCGAUGCCAGCAGCUGCCUCGCCCGCCAAACCAAAACGACUGCAGGAAGAACUCUUUCGACAGUAAUGCCAACAAUUAGUGUGCCCCCUACGCAUAAUUCAUAAAUUUUUAUAAAAUCAAGGGAUAAUUUGAUUCGAAUCAUCAAGGUAGAAAAGAUUGAUUCUUAAUCGUUGUUUAUGAGGCGCUGAAAUUGUAUUUGCUACAAGUGACAGCUCCACGAACAAAAACUCGGAUCGCUGUACGAAGCACGAUUCCUUCCAAACAUUCGCAUCGCGUCCACCGGUGAAGCGCCACCGCCCGCGUUGGGGCGAGCCCGUCUCGUGYGUUGUCUCUAUCGCCUGCGCGAGCUGCCGCGGGACCUCGAUUUCGAUUUGGGCGUCGUGGCCGAUGCCGGUGCGCUUCCAAAGAGUCCCCCGGCCGCGGGAGCGGGGGCUCCGAAGGCGGGUGCAGCGGGUGCCGGAGCGCCAAAGAGCCCCCCGGCUGCCGGUGCGGGGGCUCCAAAGGCGGGUGCCGG